AUGCCAAACCUCCCUUCCCACCCCUCAACCGCGGUCGCGGCCGCUUACUCAGCCGUAUCCAGCAUCACAGCAACCUGUACCCGCGACGUCUUCGCGUCCUCCUCCUCAACCGGUGCCAGCAACGCCGCCAACGCCCCCAACGUCCUUGCCAGCCUUCUCCGCUCCGUGCAUCUCAAUUUGCAACUCAACCUCAACCUCAUUACAAGCACACUGGGUCAAAGCUUCUCCACGGGCGUAGGCAACCUUACAACGGGACAUCUGCCUUCGUUACAAUGUCUGCAUGCUAGCUUGGGCGCGGCAUCACAUGCGUUGAAGACGGCAGCAACGACGUUGAAGGGUCUGACUAGCUCGGGGUGUCAGGGGGCCAUGGGGAAGAUUAAUUUUAUCCUUUCCACAACACCAUCGACGACCUCAAUAGGGGAGACGUGGUCGCGCGGCAUUGAUGCUUUCCGGGCGUGGCUGACCGAGCCACGGGAUGAGAACCACCUCCUGAACCUGAUCUGGAUCAGCUUGCUUGUUAUCGAAGCGUUGAUGGUUGUUGGCGUGGUGCUACAGGCUGUGUGGAUGUCAGGACGUGCGCGGAGGGAACGGGCCCAUGGUGGGCAUUGGACUCAUUAUCGGACACCUUCAUUUGAUGGGCGGUGGUCGCCUAUUGACACCCGGUUCGAGAAGGUGGACUUUGAGAGUAUAGACCGCGCGUUGGAGUCGGCCCAGUGGCCGGUUGAAAGUGAUAGGUGGGUUGAUGAUGGCGAGAUGGGCAAGGGGAGAUAUCGGUUCUCGGGGCAGCCGAGUCCUUGA